AUGUCGGCCGAUCUGUCGUCAGGCCAAUCUGCAGGCCGAUCCUCUGGAUUGACGCUUAAUCUCUCGUCAAACAACCCCUUUCGCAAUCGCGCUGCCUCGCCAAAUAGCGCCCUUACGCCCAGCUCCUUUUCCCCUCCUCCUCCCCAUUCUCCCUUCGACGACCCUCUGCCUGCGAGACCCGUCUCGAGAAACCCAUUCUUUGAUCCAUCCGACGGCACCAGAGCACAAAGAGUUCAGUCGCCAGCAAGUAUGGCGUCCGCCAAUGAAAAUAGGAAGUCGCCAACCGCCGAGGAGUUGUUCGACAACAUGAUUCUCGAUGAUCGGCCAGCUGUCAAGCCCGCCCCUGCACCCUCCCCUGGCCCACGACCCGACGGCGCCCGAGGCCCUCCACGCGGUCCGCCAGGUGGGCCACCCCGUGGCGAGAACAUGCCCCCGCGAGGAACUCGCGGCCCUCCUCCGAACCACCGACCGACAAGAUCGCAGGAGGAGGCUUUGAAGGCACGUCGCAUGCAACAAAGGAACGGCCCACCCGGCGAGAACCCCCAGAGGCGCAUGGAGAGACGCCCUCGUCGCAACUCGGAGUCCUCUAUCAUGGACAAGGAGAGGCCACUGACGGAAGAGGAGAAGAAAGAGAAGGAGCGCAGACGGCGCGAGAGGGAGCGGCGCUACCGUGAAGCCAAGGAGAAGGACAAGUCUGGCUCUAGCAAACCCAAAGGCAAACGACUUGAUCUCAUCGACCAGCUCGACGCCACCAGCAUCUACGGUACUGGAUUGUUCCAUCACGACGGUCCUUUUGAUGCACUCAACCCGCACCGCAACCGAAAGGGCACUCGGCACGCACCGAUGCAGGCAUUUCCCAAGGAUUCUGUCAACAUGUCCCUUGGUGGAGCUGGACCCUUGAAUGCGAAGCCCGACCACAAAGCUUUGAUGGGGCGAUACGACGAAGAGGCUUUCCUGGACUACAAUGUAGCGGGCAAGGAUAAGCCGGGCUACAUGGAAGAGCCUCAGAUCAAGAAGGCGGGCGACGCCGCCGUAUGGGAUCCCCAUUCACGAGGCUCUAUUCUUCAUGGCGAUGAGAGCUUGGGACUGGGAACCUCGACCUUUUUGGAAGGUACCCCGGCCGCGCAAACGGCAAUCCAGCGACGUCAAGCCGAGACGGCACAGGAAACUCUCGAGGGCGGACUGCAGCGCAAAAAGUCCUUAGCUCAGCGGAUUCGUGGCAUCAACCGUGGUCCUCGCGACAUGAACAACCGCGGCAGAAUGACCAACCCCGACGGUGUCUACGGACCGCGAUCCGGCGACCUUCCCACGGGCAGCAGCACGGGGGAGCGCAACCCAUUCUUCAAUGAAUUUGACAAGAACGAGGAGCAAAUCACGGUGAAGCGACAAGACGCCAAUCCCAUGUCUCCAAUGUCCCCCAAUAGCCCUCCUCACGGUCUGGAGCGUCGUGCCACGACUGAUGCCACGGCCGCCAUGGCUCCUCCUGAGCCUCCGAAGGCCCAGAGCGGCGGCGGUGGCUUUCUCACCCGUGUCAAGAGUUUGAAGGGCGGGCGGAAGCAGCGACCAGAACCGCCUCAGGCCGCCUUGCCACCUGCUCCUCCCACUCCCGGCACUGCUGUCUGA